ACAUACACAAAUAAGUAAAUAAAGCUUCGUCCUCCUCCUAUUCAACCUGUAGCUCCCUCCCUCCUCUUCCUCCGUUGCCCGCCUUCGCCAUACGCCUGGGCUCUUUUCCGUUUUCCCUUUCCCUGGUCCAUUCCUCUUCCCCUCCUUUCUUCUGCGGGGCUGCUGUUACUCUGGGAAACCAAUUCUGUGUCUGGAUCGUGGUGCAUUCCUUGAGAGCAAUUUCAAUGGUUCCAACCGCGGAUGCUUUUUGGUUUAGAGUUUGGUGCCGUGAGUGAGGGCUCAGAGCAGCAGGGAAUAAUUUGCGGAGCCAGGGAAUGGCGAUGAGCGCUUGUUUCGAUGGAGUGCCGACGGUGAUGCUCCGGACGCAGAUGAUGCAGAUACUUGAAGAAUGAAGUACUUGCAGACAUGAGGUAGGUUAGUAUUUUCUGAACAAGCGAUUAGGAUGUGGAGAGCGUGGUGUUGAGAAGAGGGAUUGGAGAGCGAUUACGACGAGAAGGCAGAAGAAAAUGGCGGGGAUUCGGGAGCAAGCUGUGGCACUGUUAAACGAGGUUAAGAUGACCGGGGAAGCCUCAGCGAAAGUGGAUUUAUUAAAAACUCUUAUGGAGCUCGUUUUGUAUCGGGAUCCGUUGUCGUUGCUUCCUGAAUUUGUACCGUACUUGAUGGAGUUUCAGACGGAGCCCGGUAGCCCUAUUCGUAAAUAUCUUGCAGAGAUGAUAGAAGGAAUUGGUAUGAAACAUGUUGACUUCGUGCCAGUCAUAGUUCCUGUUUUACUCUCACUUUUGCAAGAUGCUACACCAGCAGUUGCUCGGCGGGCUAUCACUAGUGGUAGCAAUAUAUUUCGGUCUGUUCUGGAACAAGUUGCCCUUCAGGGUGUCUACAGCGGGCAGGUUGAACGGCGGCUAGUGGAUUGCUGGAACUGGAUGACUUGUUUUAAAGAUGCCGUCUUUUCUCUAGCUUUUCAGCAUGGAAACGACGGGGUACGUCUGCUGGCUCUCAAGUUCGUGGAGACAACAAUUUUGCUAUUUACACCUGACCCCAACGGCUUAUUGCCAAACCAACAGUCUUCUGACGGUACCUCAAGAGGGUUUAAUAUGACAUGGAUAGCUGGAGGACACCCGGUCUUAGAUGCGACUGUGUUGGGACAGGAGGCCAGUAAAAACCUUGGACUUCUGUUGAACCAAUUACGGACUCCAGAGGCAUCUACGCUUCCUUGCCUGGUUGCCAUUGUAAUUAUUAACAGUCUGGCAGGUAUUGCAAAGAAAAGGCCAUCUAUGUUUGGGAGAAUUCUUCCAGUUUUGUUAGCCUUAGCACCAAAUUGCGAGCCUAUCCAGGGCAGUCAAAUUGCAAGUGUUAUUCACGAAUUGAAAAGCGCGUUUCUUAAUCUUCUGAAAUCAAAUCAGCCUGGUGCUCUACCGUGGCGAGAUCGAUUGGUUGCAGCUUUGAGGUCCAUGAACGUGGGGGAUAUAGCUGAUCAAACCAUCAGACAUCUGGAGAGGGCUGUGCGAGUCGCAGAACGAAACCGUACAGCGAAGGACACUAGAGUUUCUACUAAGGAGCGAAUCUCACCAUUCGUAUCAACACCUCAAGUCUCUACCAUCCAGGUUAUUGCACCAGCACCAGUAGACAUGUCACUUCGCAAGAGGUCCCUGCCUCAAGAAAACGGAAAUGUGCAAUCGAUUGACUUCAAUGAAGUUUCUGGUAAACGGUCCCGACAUGAUGUAGCCCCCAUUACAACUCAAGGUGAAGCGACACCUGUCAUUCCAAAUGGGACUGGAAACGUUAUGGGAAAUACUGCUGCAUAUGGAGAUCAUAGCGUAGCUCCUCUUAUAUCAGCAUUUGCAACUUUAUUAGCUCAAGGAGAAAGAGGAGCUGCUUCUGUUCAGAUAUUGAUAGAGAGUUUGACACCUGACAUGCUCGCUGAAAUUGUUAUUGCCAAUAUGGUUCAUCUGCCAAGCACUCCUCCUUUUACUCCAGAAGUGAAUUUCGGCGCAAAUUGGGGUCUAGGUCCUAUUCCCCCUUCAGGUCCUCCAGAAAUUCCAGUGAAUCCUGUAACCAGUUUACCAAUAGAGAGUGCACCUGCUCUCCAACCUUAUUCAUCUACUGCGGAUCUUUCUCAAGAUUUGCGGAAGGACCCUCGGCGACUGGAUCCUCGACCAGCAGUGCCUUCUGACGGUGUAACUGUUUUGUUGACACCGAAAUUGGAGGUCGAGGUGAAUGCUGUUCCUCCGCCUGUCGCAAACGCACAAACGGGGAAUUCGAAUUUAGAGAAUACGUUAAAUGUAUCAACAAAUUCAAGAGAUCCACGUGCUAUGUUUCAUGUAAAUGCAAAUCAUAGAUCAAUUGGUCAAUCUCAUAUCCAAGUAAAGCAGGAGCUGAAGCAGGAGCCACUGCAGGAGCCAAAGCAGGAGCCAAUCGAACUAGAGAAUCGAGUCGUCUCUGAUCCAUCUCUUCCCUCGUCACCACCUCCACAGUCUGGAGUAUCUACUGUUCCAGUUCCUUCACCAGUGAUUACGCUACUACCACUCUCUGCAGAACAACAAGCAGCACUGAGCACAGCUUCGUUGGUGCGGAUAAUGGAGAAUCACAAGACCAUUGCUGCAGCUGGUGGUGCAGACCUUCGAAUCGCUCUACUGGCUCGGUUAGUUGCUCAGUCAUACGAAGAUACCGAAGUCUUGAAGGUUUUGCAAAAGCAUGUUCUAGCUGACUACCAAGCUCACAAGGGUCACGAGUUGGUGCUACACGUACUUUACCAACUUUUCGCAGAGCAUGCGUGCAGUGAUGUGGAACAGCCAAUGUCUACCUCACUUGCCUACGAGCAGUUUUUACUUUCACUGGCACAAGGUUUGAGAGACAAGAUUUCAGCUGGUGAUAGGUCUCUAAGUCGGCUUUUAGGUGAAGCUCCUGUGGUCCCAAUGAGCACACUGAAGCUUGUGGAAGAGCUUUGUAAUCCACCAAGUGGAGCAGAGUCAUCAAAGGGUGAGCAUGUUACAGCGGGACUCACUGCUUUGUGGAGUUUGAUUUUGCAACGACCACCUACACGAGACACUUGUCUAAAAAUGGCUCUCAAGUGUACAGUUCACGAAUCAGAUGACACGCGAGCGAAAGCAAUUCGACUGGUCGCUAAUAAGCUGUAUCCCCUCAAAUUUGUGGCGCAAAACAUUGAAGAUUUUGCAACUGCAAGUCUUCUUUCGGUGGUAGACCAUCAAUCUGGGGAUACCGCAGAGAGGGAUAUAUUGGAGGGUGACAAUACUGUGAAAACCGACUUAAUGAAUGAGGAUCAGCGAGUAGCUAAUGGGGUAGCUCCAAUGGACGUGGCCGGUGAUGAAGGCGCACAACAACCCACUACAGCUGCGAAGAACACUGAAGUUUUGUCAUUAUCUGAAGCUCAACGGUGUAUGUCUCUUUUUUUCGCCCUGUGUACCAAGAAGCAUGCACUGCUACGUCAGCUAUUUCAGGUCUACGGCAGAUCUUCGAAGGUGGUGAAGCAGGCUGUCCACAGGCACAUUCCUAUUUUAUUCCGCACUAUUGGAUCUUCAUCCCAGGAGCUCCUUCAGCUCAUUGCUGAUCCUCCUGCUGGUAGCGAGAAUCUUCUUUUGCAGGUACUUCAUAGUCUCACGGAUGGUACUGAACCUUCCGAGGAGCUGAUUGCUACUGUGAAGAAGCUUUAUGAUGUUAAAUUUCAGGAUGCAACCUACCUUAUACCCGUGCUUUCCUCGUUGUCCAAGGAUGAGGUCACUCCAAUAUUUCCACGUUUGGUAGACUUGAGCAAUGAGAAAUUCCAGGCUGCCCUCGCUCGCAUUUUGCAGGGCUCCGCGCACACUGGUCCAGCCCUGACUCCAGCUGAAGUAUUGAUUUCUCUGCAUGGUAUUGAUCCACACAGAGACUCUGUCCCUUUGAAGAAGGUCAUGGAUGCUUGUGCAACUUGCCUUCAACAACGUACUGUUUUCACUCAGCAAGUUCUAGCGAAGGUUUUAAAUCAGCUGGUAGAGCAAACACCAUUGCCAUUGCUAUUUAUGCGAACAGUAAUUCAAGCUGUUCAUUCCUUCCCAUCUCUGGAAAGUUUUGUCAUGGAAAUUUUGUCUCGGUUAGUUAGUAAGCAGAUAUGGAAACUACCAAAGUUGUGGACGGGAUUUCUCAAGUGUGCUCAUCAAACGAAGCCAAAGUCUUUUCAUGUCUUGUUGCAGUUGCCUACUGCUCAGUUGGAAGAUGCACUCAAGGGUUUCCCUAGUUUGAAGGAGCCACUUGCUGCUCAUGCCGAUCAACCAAGUGUUCGGCCCACUGUUCCCCGGUCGUCUCUGGUUCUCUUAGGUCUCUGUCAGGAUACUCCUGCAGCCUCCAAUUCCACUUCUGCUGGUCAGGAAUCGAACACAGAAGUCUCUAAACAAUGAGAACAUCUUUGAUUUGCUCAUCAUCUGAAGACUAAACCUCCUGAACGGACGAAUGUAUGGAGUGCAUCCAAUGUAUUGGAACAUGUAAUGUUGAAGAAUCAAAUAAACAUGAGUUCUCUCAAACAGAACUCGUUUGGCAGGCGCAAUCCAGAUCUGUUUCAGAGCCUAAGAAAAUUCCAAAAGAGACUUGGCUUCUUUGGAAGCUCUGGGCUUUAGUUUGUGCACUCUAGAAUUAGAUUAAUCUGUCGAGCCACUUGUAAGUGGAAGGUUAUGCAAGGGGAUACGAAAUUUUGUAGGGAAAAGAAAAUUAUCACCUUGUCUCAUAUUCCCAAAAACAAAUUCAAGUUUUUCUUUAAAUACGAUUCUCUACUGAAACAUCCUCUGAA